UGCAGAGCUCGCAACAUCCCCACUGGCCGCUGCUGGGGACCGAGUGUACCAUCGGCUCUAUAAAACUGGACGGAUGUAUUAGGAAAAAACCUCACUAUUAACCCCCUUUUCUUUUUUACAUUUUUUUUUUCGUGGGGGUCAAUUUCAGAUCUCCAGCUGUCUGGCUGCCGGUGAGGAGCGGACAUAAGAACACCCUAGUGGUUUUGGUGCUAGAAGUUGAACCAUGGGGAUCAAGGCCGCCCUCCCCAAAGUUGAGCUGUACCUCUACACGGCCGUGCUGGGCCUGGCGCUGGCAUGGGCUGCCAGCUGGAUUGUAGAAGCCUCAAGCGAGAAUGUGGGCAGAAAAGCGUUCAAAGGAAAUGUGCAGUCAGGAUGGACUUACUUUGGCAGGAAAAUGGAUGUUGCUGAUUUUGAGUGGGUGAUGUGGUUCACAACAUUCCGUAACCACAUUCUCUUUGCCCUCUCCGGUCAUGUGAUCUUUGCCAAAAUUUGCUCCCUGGCUUCCCCUAAGCACAGGGGUAUGGUCUACAUGAUCUACGGCCUGGUUGCCACUCUGGUCACCAUGGGCUGGUCCUUCAUCUCCCUCAUCCUGGCCCACUGCAUGAUGCUCUACACCGUCGCCCUGCUCAAGAGGAAGUCCCUCUGCUUCGUGGCUGGACUCGCAAGUCUCGCCACCCUCAAGCUGGAGCCCUACGGGUCUUGGCAGGCUGACUUAGUGACUGGCUCCUUUGAGCUGCAGGACAUCCUCUUCUAUGGGGGUUGUGGAUUUUCCAUCAUGCGCUGUAUGAGCUUCGCACUGGAGAACUGUGAGAAGAAGGAUGGCAACUACACUUUCGUCGAUCUACUCAAGUACAACUUCUACCUCCCCUUCUUUUACUUUGGACCUAUCAUGACGUUUGAUCAAUUCCAUGUUCAGGCUAACAACCCCAAUCUGACUCGCAAGGACAAGGAGUUAUGGGACAUUUCGAUGAAAGCGCUUGUUCAACUGGGUGUCAUUUUGGCGGUGGAUGUCUUCUUCCACUUCCUCUACAUUCUGACAAUCCCUGGAGAUAUAAAACUGGUGAAGCAGAUCUCUGACUGGUCUCUUGCUGGUUUGGCUUACUCCAACCUGGUGUAUGACUGGGUAAAAGCCGCCGUUAUGUUCGGUGUCAUCAACACUGUGUCCAGACUGGACCACCUUGACCCACCACAGCCGCCUAAAUGUAUUACUAUGCUCUAUGUGUUUGCUGAAACUCACUUUGACAGAGGAAUCAAUGACUGGCUGUGCAAGUACGUUUACGACUACAUUGGCAAGGACCACGACGGAAUUUUCAGGGAACUUCUAGCAACCAUCUGCACUUUUAUCGUCACCACUCUGUGGCUCGGCCCCUGUGAGAUUGUUUACAUUUGGUCCUUCUUCAACUGCUUCGGUCUUAACUUUGAGUUGUGGAUGGCUAAGCUCUUUGCCCUGCCACCUUUCUCCACUCUUGAGGGUGUAAUGUCAGAGGCCAUGUCACGCAGAAUCAGGGGGCUGUUCAAUGCUGUGAACUUCUGGCAGAUCAUUCUUUACAACAUCCUCGCCCUGAAUAGUCUGGACUUCGCCAAGCUUGUUGCUAAGCGACUGCUUGUUCAAGGCUUCCCCGUGUCCACUCUGUCUGUGCUGAUGGUGACCUACUGUGGCGUGCAGCUGAUCAAGGAGAGGGAGAGGACUCAGGCCCUGGAGGAGGAGGCUGCAGCAGCUGUAGCAGCAGCAGCAGCAGAGAAACCCAAGACCGAAUAAUGACAGCGGAAUGAAACAAACAAGAAGAACAGAACACAAGAACGACAAGAAGAAUAGAACACGAGAACGACAUGAAGAACAGAACACAAGAACGACAAGAAAGAAUGACAAAAAGAAGAAGACAAGAAAGAAAGACUGAAAGACAAUCAUCCUAUCCUGUCCCGUCCAGUCAAGUUUAAACUGUGCCUCACAUGUCCCGCUCUCAUCCUCUCUCUUAUUCUCUCACUUAUUCUCUCUCUCUCUCUCUCUCUCUCUCUCUUUCCUUUGUGUGAGCUUACAUACCAGAGCUGACCGGCUCCGUCACCUAAGCCACCGCCAUGCUGCACAAGUCCAUCACCCCUCAUCAGAGAGCAGGCCCUGCAUCAUUUUGAACUGCGAAUGGUCCUCAAGUGCACUUGCUGUAGAUAAACAUGACCUGUGCUUUGACAGAUAUACAUGAACAUAUAAACACAACAUGCAAACACAUGAGCACAUUCUCUCUCUUUGUUUCUCUUUCUUUUUUUCUCUCUCUCUCCCUCUCUUCUAACACAAACAAACACACAAACACAGACACACACGAGCAGAACACACUGUUUGCACACAAGUGCAUUUUAUUUGUAAACUAGCAUUAAUAUUAAAAGCCUUGCCAAAUAUUUUAUGCAAAUAAGUAACGAGACACUGUAUGGUAUAUUAAAUAAAGGUAAUAUAUCUACAUUUA